AUGGCGUGGUUCAUGUUUAUGCAGAUAAAGACUAUAUUAGCUGCUGGGGAAUGCAUGAACUGUAUGUCAUCAUCGCCUUGGUCUUCUGGAACAGAAAUUCAACCUUCAUUUGAUGUUAAAUGCAUGAAUCAAAAGCAUCUGUUGAGGUUCAUAAAGUCAAAGUUAAAAAAGGAACCAGAUGAGGUUGUAAUAUUUCAUGAUGGGACAUAUCUGACCUUAAAAGAGUUUUUUGAGAGCUUGGAUUUAACCGGGUAUGACUUGAAUGUUGAUCUAUUAGAUGUGAAAAUACAUGAACAACAAAAAACAUAUGAGGUUUCUGUUAAAAUUACAGAAUGCUUGUUGCUUUAUGCCCUAACAUCACAUCAACACCUGGUUCUUGCUUGGAAGGAACAAAGGAGCUUGGAACCUGAGUUGGGGACAGUAGAUCUAGGGAUUUUACUUCAUUUUCAGCAGCCUCAAGCCGGAGGAUUUCCAGAGCAGCAGCAGCAGAUAGAGAGUUCCCGCACAGAUCAGCAGCUACUACGAGGUACCUCUUCAGCGAAGGGGAAGGAGUUGGCGCGGUAGCGGCACAUCAUACACACACGCAUUGGUUUUCCGCAUUAUGAGAUGUUCUGGGAUUGUACUAUGACCUUAUUAUUAUUUUUAUGAUUUGGUUUUCAGACACGAUAUAUGUUUUUAUGAAAUGAUAUGAUCGGAUGAUGUUUUAUUACAAAUGUUUCGCAAACCAUUU